AGGCUAUCGUUGCUGUCAAUCCCAGCGGUCCACCUGUUCUGCGCGUCGAGCUUAAUGGAAUUAUUUUUUUUCAGAGGAUCAUUAUCAUCAUCCUCGUCUCAUCCUUGCGGGUGUAGCCUAGUUUAUAAUUAGAUAUGAAGACGAGUUUCAUGCCGCUGGUUUUUCUAUGCUGCGUUGGGUAUAUUCAAAGCAAACCUUCAUCGCAGCCGUGUCCAAGUGGGCAGUUUGCAUUGAAGAAUCAGUGCGUCCUCUGUCAUCCCACCUGCUCAGAAUGUGCGGGCCACGAACUAUUCGAAUGUACCUCUUGUGGAGUAGAUGAGGAAGGCCUGGAGCGUUUCCUGCACCAAGGCCACUGCAGGCCCCACUGCCCACGUGGAACAUACCCAGAGCGGGCACGCUAUUCCUGCCUGCCCUGCAUGGCCAACUGCGAGCUGUGUGUCGAUGCCCACGUCUGUGCCAAGUGCAGGGAUGGCUAUCGGCUCUUCGGCGGCAUCUGCCAGGCUGCCCUCUGCAGAGUGGGGCAGGUAGAGGACCCAGAGACUGGCGAGUGUGUUGACUGUGAGCCUGGCUGCAAGUCAUGCACUCCAGAUGACCCGGAGCUCUGCAACAGCUGCACCGAGGGGUACUUCCUCUACCGCUACCAGUGUCGGAGGCAUUGCCCCCAGAGGACCUUUGAGGACCAGGACAGGGGUUUGUGCCAGGGAUGCCCGUCCCAGUGCGCAGACUGCCGCAGCAGCACCCUCUGCCUGGCCUGCCAGCCAGGCCACUUCUUGCACGGUUUUGACUGUGUGAAAGAGUGUCCCGAGGGCUCGUUUGGAGAUGGCAGCGGGUGGCGUUGCCAGUCCUGCCACACGUCCUGUCAGACGUGCCACGGCCCACACAUGAGGGACUGCGACCUGUGCCCAAGUGGCACCCUGCCCGUUUACGGCCAGUGCCCUGUGCCCUGCCAACAGGGACAAUAUUUUGACGGAAUUGACAGUGAAUGCCAUUACUGUGACGUGUCAUGCAAAACAUGUUUUGGUCCAAAGGCUCUAGACUGUUCAUCAUGCUUUACAGGCUAUAUUCUGGACCAGGAAGGUGCGUGCGUUGAGCACUGUGUCCCAGGAUCCUUUGCCAAUGUGAUGUCACAGCUAUGUGAGGAGUGUUCCCCUAACUGUGAGACGUGUGAGGGUGCCAGCGACAAGUGUGUCAGCUGCAAGAGCGGCCCUUUCAAGCUCCUCCUGCACCAAGGCCGAUGCUGGUCCAACUGCCCUGAUGGUUUCUUCGAGACGGCAGAGGGCAUGUGUGAAGCGUGUGAAGCACCCUGUGUGACGUGCGAUGUGUCGGGGUCCCAGUGCCUCUCAUGUGGCGAGGGUAACUUUCUGGAGGGCGGCCAGUGCCGGGUCAACUGCUCCCUGGACAGGAGCUACGCCGCCGCAGACGGAAUGUGCAGGCGCUGCGCUCCACACUGCGAUGCCUGCAUAGACGACAAGACCUGUUCCAAGUGCAGUUUCCUGUACCUGCUGCUGAACGGCGUAUGCCAAGCCAGCUGCCCAGAGGGCUACUUUGAGGACCUGGAUGAGGGUCACUGUGUCCGCUGCCACCCCAGCUGUGCCACCUGCUCUGGCCCUUUGGCGGAUGACUGCGAGACAUGCUCCACGCCCACUCCGAAGCUCUAUGAGGGCACCUGUUCAGAGGAGUGCCCCGACAGCACGUACUUCGAGACGUCGACGCGGGAAUGCCAAGAAUGCCACCAGACCUGUGCACGGUGUACAGGACCUGAGCCCAACCUCUGCACACAGUGUGGCAAGGGCCUGGCCCUCGACCCCAACACUUUGAUGUGCGGAGUGACCGGUGAUUCAGGCUGCCCGCCCAGGACCUUCCUGCAUGCCAACCGCUUCACCUGCCAGGCAUGCCACCGACAAUGCCAGUCUUGCGAGGGGCCGGGACCUGCUGACUGCCUGACCUGUGCCCUGCCCAGAUACCUCCACAAGGGCUUGUGUGUAAGUGAGUGCCCAGCGGGCAGCUACGCUGCCAGUGAGGAGGCUGACGGCAUGGAUCUCGGCUUCUGCUCCACCUGCGACCAUGUUUGCGCCACCUGCUCCGGGGCCUCACCCAAAGACUGCACCUCCUGCUCUCGGGGCUACCUCCGCCUGCUGCACCUCUGCGUCUCCCACUGCCCUACGGGGUUCUAUGCAGAUGGGGACCGCUGUGAAAAAUGCCACCGUUCCUGUGAUCAGUGUUCUGGUCCUGGACCUGAGUCCUGCCAGGCCUGUCCCGCGCCACUGCUAGAACUUCACGGAACCCGGCUCUGUGUGGAACACUGCCCACAGCGGUUCUACCAGACAGGACAGCGCUGCACCCAGUGUCACACCAGCUGUCAGAGCUGCACAGAUUCCAACCCUCAGAGCUGUGUGACAUGUGACUGGGGCAGUAUUCUGCAGAAGGGUGUGUGCUACCCCCGCUGUGAAGAGAGUCGUUACUUAUCCCUGAGUGAGGUGUGUGAGCUGUGUGACGGCUCCUGCAGACACUGCUCGGCUGCCGGCCCUCAGAGCUGCCUGACAUGCCAUGCCGGCUUCGCUCUCCACGCCAUGGAAGGCCGCUGUGUCCGCUGCUGCCCGCAGGACCUUGGGCGCCAGCAUGCGGCCAGGGAGGAGGAGGAGGAGGAGCAGAGGGAAGGGGAGCAGGAACAUGAGACCUGCUGUGUGUGUGACCCUGGCACAGCUCUCUGUGUGGAGACCCCUACGGUGGAUCAGCGGGACCAGAGUGUAGCGUUGGGUCCAGAGUCCAGUCUGUCUCACCGCACGGCUGCCACGCUGCCCACAGUUCUAUGUCUGGCCCUCCUGGUGGCGCUGGGCGUGUUCGGGCUGGUCCAGGCCCGUGCCCGCAAGCGGCUGUGCUGGGGACGCAGCUACGAGAGGCUGAGCGGGACGGCGGGUUACAGGCAGGACCUGUGGAACAUGCCUCAUGGCGUUCCAGAGCCAGAGGACAGUGCGGACGAAGUGGACGUUGUGUACACCAGCCGAGAUGGGUCUGUGUACCGGCGAUACAGCUUUAUCCAUGAGUCAGACGCUGUAGAAGGCGAGGAAGAGGUGGAGGAAGAGGGGGACGAGAGCACACAGCUGAACAAAGCCUAGAAGACACACACACACACGUUCACACAGUCUCAAAUUCUAUAUAAAUAUACUUCUAGAGUAACACAAGUGGAUUAGUGGUUUUCUAGACAUCUACGGACCCACACUAAACUCCACACAUAAGGGGACAAACUUUUUUUUUUGGUAUUUCCACCAAGCACAAAAUAGCCACAAAAUGAUUCAUUAAUUAAACACCAUUGCACACUGGUAUCUGUGUGUGGACAAAACUGACAAAUGUAUAGUUUUAGAUGCCUUUUUGAUAAGAGAAUUGUAACAAUGGUUGGGUUAUUUUAUAAGACUUACAAUACGAAGGAACAUAAAUAUAUACUAUCUAGUGAUGUGAUUGAUUUUUUGAAAUUAUAUCAUCAAAAUUAAUUUUCAUAAAUGGUGCAUUCAAGGUUUUGGGCUCUGGUACACAGACACAUGCAUACAAAGCCCCUGCCUGAGUUUAUAGGGUUAGUAGUUGAAAUUGAAGAAGUGUAACUUAUGCCAUCAUAUGUAACCAUAUGAUUUUCGAGUGAUUUCACAGUAAACUCAAUUUUCAAAGUCGGAAUUGUCGUGGCAGAUAUUCAGACUCAGGCCAGAAAUUAAGUCCAAACAUCUUGCCUACAACGUAACAAAAAUACACCAUUAUAAGUGCUGAAGUAAAAAACUUGUCCCAAAAAGAAGGCGCAAAAGUCCGGCAGAGUUCCGUGCAAAAAUUCCUUUAAUGACUACAUAGCGCAAAGCCUGAGUGGAUCGCACGAUCGCACUCCCGAACAAAGGUAGAACUCUCUUACUUAUACCCCUCCAAAAUGCUGACACAACACUACCCCGAACCCACAGAUGGCGUUAUGAAAGGGUACGAACUUUUCACCUUAAGUUUACGGAAAGUUCAGAGGUGUACAGUAUAGAGUGAUCACAGGUCAUACAUUGUGCAUGGGUUAAAUAUCGUUCGCCCCCCUGUACUCUCCUACUGGUUGUUAUGAGUAGAGCUCGCCCUGUGUACGCGUUAUCUUGCAGCUUCAAGGCAGCUUCAAGGCCGACUUUGGUUUAU